AUGAAACUCCCCAAAUCCUUCCUCAAACCCCUACGCGCCACCAGGAACGGCUUCUUCCGCCGCCGCCGCAGCCGCAGCGGCUCCAUCCGCGGCGGCGCCUCCUUCUCCGGUCCACCCGCCGACAACCCCGAGCCGUCCUCCCCCAAGGUGACCUGCAUCGGGCAGGUGAGGGUGAAAUCGAAGAGGAGGGGUAGCCACAGCCGCCGGAGCGUCUCCCAGCGGCGGACGGGGGAGGCGAGCUUCCGGAGGACGGCGGCGGAGCAGCUGCAGGAGGAGCGCAAGAGCCGGAGGUGGGUCCACCUGCGCGCCUUCGGAUCGGAGCUCGCCUGCCUGCUGUUCCCCUGCGCCGGCGGCGGCUGCCGUCGUCAUAAAUGUCGAAUCUUUAAGAGUGGUUGUUGCUGUAAUGACGGUGAUUGUAAUGGUGGGGAAGAAAUUGGGGGAUGUGGGGUUUUUAUGAGGAGGUGUCUGGUGUGCGGAGGGCGGCGGGGGGAGAUUUUUGCGGCGGCCGGCGGCGGAGAGGCGGCGGCGGAGGAGGAGGAGGGAAAAUCGGGAAGGCGGCACGUGUUUGAUGAUAUUGAGGUUAGGAAUGGGAGGAUUGAGGUUAAAGGGCGGAGUUUGGAGGUUGAAGAAGAAGAUGAAAGAUGGAGAACUGGCAUCUGUGUACCUCCCAAGAAUGCGCUUUUGCUUAUGAGGUGUCGAUCAGAUCCGACAAAAAUGGCGGCGCUUGUCAAUAGGUACUCUAAUUUGGAGUAUAGAAAUCGCGAUGAUAUUGAAGAAGAUGAAGAUGAUGAUGAAGAUGAAGCUGAAGAGAAUAGUUCUUGGGAAGGAGGAGAUUUGGUGUUUGAGAAAGUUGUGUUUGAGGAUAAAGGUGAAGCCUUUGAGCAAUGUACUAAGGUUUCGAGUAAGAUCGAUGAAGAAGAAGAGAUCCGAAAUGAAGUGAGACACGAGUUGGAAAGUAAUUUUGAGGAGAAAUUCAAAUUAUUGAAUGUUGGUGGGGAACAAGAAGAAGAAAUUAAGGCCACCGAUGAACAAGAAGAAGAAAUUGAUGCUAAAGAUGAAGAAUCAGAAGAGACCGAGUCGAAUAUGUCCUCAUUUGAAGCUCUACUAGACCAAGAAAACUCGGACAGCUACCUAGAAAAGGUAGAAGAGAACGAAGAUAAUGAAGAAUACGAAGACAUUGGAAGCCGGAAAAUUCAAGAACCUGGAAAAAGCAAUGAGCUUGAGAACAAUAGAGAAGAAGAAGAUGAAGAGCAGAGCAAGCAGGUGCUGCCCGAUUGCUUGCUGUUGAUGAUGUGCGAACCCAAGCUGUCAAUGGAGGUCUGCAAGGAAACCUGGGUCCGGGGCGCCGACUUUGUCAGGAGGUCGCCCAAAGCCGCCGCCGCCGCCGGCGGCGGCUGCGAACGCCAUCAGGACAGGGGCAGGCAGCCCGCCGGCGCCGACCCGAAGCCUAGGAAGCAGAUCCCGGCCCCGCCGUCGGGGAGGAGCGACGGCACCCGCCGUCAGAUGCUCCAGCCGGCGCGGUCGUCGUGCUCGCUGCCGGCGGCGACGAUGGGACCGCUCGCGUUGACGAGAUGCAAGUCGGAGCCGAGGAGGACGGCGGCGGACAAGCUGGCGCACGAGACGGCACCGUGGAAGGACGGCGGCGGCGGGGUGAAGAUGGAGGUGCACGGCCCGGCUGGAGUCGGGUCCUGA